UCCGGACGCGUUGCGCAUGCGCGGUGGGGUUGCUCGCGCUCUGAGCGUUUAUCAGCGGCUCCUCAGCAGUCGCAGCUCGGCGGGUGAAGGAGAAGUAACGGCGGGUGAUGAGGAAAGGCCGGGCUGGUAAAUCAGAAAGUGACGGUUCCACUCAGGACUGGAUAUUUAAUCUGAUUUGCUUGGCACAAUGUCUGCCUUGGCGUCUUAUGGAGAUUGACAACAGAUUUGGAAGGAGAUAGCAGCUAAUGGCUUCUGACUCUAUGAUUCCAGAGCAAGCAAAACACCGUGUGGUUAAAGGGAAAAGGCAGCAGCAACAUGAAAGGUCGCCUGUGAACAGUGAUGCGGAAGAAGAGACAUUUGUGUUUGAAGCAAAUGAAGCCUGGAAGGAUUUCCACAGUUCUCUCCUUCGCUUCUAUGAAGCUGGGGAACUGUGUGAUGUUACACUAAAGGUGGGGUCGAAACUGAUUUCCUGUCACAAGCUUGUACUUGCUUGUGUUAUUCCGUACUUCCGAGCCAUGUUUCUUUCCGAAAUGGCAGAAGCCAAGCAGUCAUUGAUUGAGAUCAAAGACUUCGAUGGUGAUGCCAUAGAGGAUUUAGUCAAGUUUGUGUACUCAUCUCGACUGACUUUGACAGUAGACAAUGUCCAGCCUCUCUUAUAUGCUGCCUGCAUUCUCCAGGUGGAAGUGGUGGCCAAAGCUUGCUGUGAGUACAUGAAACUGCAUUUUCAUCCUUCAAAUUGCCUAGCAGUGAGGGCUUUUGCCGAAAGUCACAACCGGGUUGACUUGAUGGACAUGGCGGAUCGCUAUGCUUGUGAACAUUUUGCUGAAGUCGUGGAGUGUGAAGACUUUGUGAGUGUGUCACCUCAACACCUGCAUAAACUGUUGUCUUCAAAUGAUCUGAGCAUUGAGAGUGAAAAGCAGGUUUAUCGUGCUGCUAUUAAAUGGCUCCUUGCUAAUCCACAGCAUCAUGCUACAUGGUUAGAUGAAAUAAUUGCACAGGUACGCCUGCCUCUGUUACCCAUUUGCUUUCUUAUGGGAGUGGUGGCAAAAGAAGAGAUUGUCAAACAGAAUCUAAAAUGUAGGGACUUGUUGGAUGAAGCAAGAAACUACCACCUUCACUUGAGCAGUCAUACAGUACCAGAUUUUGAAUAUUCUGUCAGGACCACACCAAGGAAGCACACUGCAGGUGUCCUUUUCUGUGUUGGUGGUCGAGGUGGAUCUGGUGACCCUUUUCGCAGUAUUGAAUGCUACUCAGUAAACAAGAACAGUUGGUUUUUUGGUCCUGAGAUGAACAGUAGACGGAGACAUGUGGGUGUCAUCUCUGUGGGAGGUAAAGUGUAUGCAGUAGGUGGACAUGAUGGAAAUGAACACUUAGGCAGCAUGGAAAUGUUUGAUCCUCUGUCAAAUAAAUGGAUGAUGAAAGCAUCAAUGAAUACCAAAAGGAGAGGAAUUGCUCUUGCCUCUCUUGGAGGCCCCAUCUAUGCCAUAGGAGGCUUGGAUGAUAAUACUUGCUUCAGUGAGGUGGAGAGGUACGACAUCGAAUCCGAUCAGUGGAGUGGAGUUGCACCCAUGAAUACGCCUCGGGGAGGAGUUGGCUCUGUGGCUCUGAUGAACUAUGUAUAUGCUGUUGGUGGGAAUGAUGGUAUUGCUUCCCUUUCCAGUGUGGAAAAGUAUGAUCCUUAUCUGGAUAAAUGGAUAGAAGUAAAGGAAAUGGGCCAGCGAAGAGCUGGCAAUGGAGUUAGUGAGCUCCAUGGCUGUUUAUAUGUAGUAGGCGGCUUUGAUGACAAUUCACCACUUAGCUCUGUUGAACGAUUUGACCCUCGCAGUGGAAGCAAGUGGGAAUAUGUAGCAGAACUCACAACUCCUCGAGGUGGAGUUGGCAUAGCAACUUUAAUGGGGAAAAUUUUUGCAGUGGGAGGACAUAAUGGAAACGCUUACCUGAAUACAGUGGAAGCCUAUGAUCCUGUGGCGAACAGGUGGGAGCUUGUGGGUUCUGUGUCUCAUUGCAGAGCUGGAGCCGGAGUAGCUGUCUGUGCUUGUCUUAGCAGCCAAAUCCGUGACAUGGGUCAUGGGUCCAGCAAUGUUGUGGAUUGCAUGUGAAUUGGGGGUCGCAGCCAGAAAUCACUGUGAAAUGUGACAGGACUUGCCGACUAUAUUAAGACACUUUGAACUCUUGUACACAUAUGUAUAAAUAGUCCAAAACAUUUUAUAUGACAAGUUUGGGUCGAGUGGCAGUUUUUCUUUUCUGAAGCAAGAAAGGUUUCAGAAAAAAUCGAAGACAUUGACAGCACUUGUUUAAAAUAUACCUUCUUCUGUGUUCAUUGCUGAGAACUUUUGAUCUUCAGCAUCUUGUAACUUAAAAGGAUAUUGGAAAAAUAACUGUUUUUUUAAGUGACUGUGCUUUUUCUCAGGUAUGCUCUCCAAAAAUGCUUAUUUUUAAAAACAACAUGUAAAAACAAUCCUCUGAAGAACGUCUUGAGGCUUGUAUAUGUUCAGUUGAAAACUUGUUCUUCCAUGGUUGCACUAUGCAAACCUAAAUUAACCCAUUGUGGAUUCUUGGCUGAUCCUUGAUUUUUCCAAAGCUAUGUUAUUUUGGUUUGUUUACUCACUUGGCAUGAGAAUACCACCAUAUGCUGCUUUGUGAAAGCAAACAAAGUGCAACAGAAAAUUACUGAUUGCUGAGGAAACAAUCUCAUCCUAAUUGUGUAUAAAUAUAAAAAAAACCAAUGCCAGAGAGAUUUCAACUGCAUUUUGUCAUCUUUAUGUUUUUAUUCUGCUUAUUGGUGGGCAGUGCAGUGCUUAGACUUGCAAACUUUGUGUUUCAUGCUGCUCUAUUGUCGGAUUUCUCAUGUUUCUUUCCCCUAUGAGCAUUUGCCCCAGCCUCGGCCAGAAGGCUUGCUUCUUUGUAGCAUGAGGGAAACCAAGCAUGUGGCAAUCAUUCAGCAAAUCACUUGUGAAGUGUGUCCACUUCCCUGGAUUAUCUGCAUUAUUUUAAUUAAUAGCAAAGUAAGAGAUUUUUUGUGUGUAUGCACUUGAUUUGUACACCUAUGGCUGCCCUAAUUAUUGAUUCCAGCUGGAAAAAAUGCAUUCUCCCUUGACAGAAUGCAUUUUGGCACUUGACAACUAUGUCAAGCGCUUCCUAAAAUUGCUAACUACCUUGUCUCCCACUGCUGCAGUGCCAGGCUAUUGCUGAUGCUUAUUGGUAGGAUGGAGAGGUAGCUUUGUGAUAUCCCUGUCAGAUGCCAACUGUGUCCCCUGUGUAAAUAUCUUCCAAGCUCUGGGUGGAAGACUACUGUAGGUUGAAGCUGUGGACAUAUUCUUCUGUGUAUACAGAAUCUUAUUCCUCACCAGCCCAGGCCAGUUUGCCCUUUUACUGGUUGGACCACUAAGGGUUUGUAGUGUUGCCACCACAGGAGAAGAAGGGAUGACUUCUGUCAGUGUCUUAUGUGCCAUUAUUACUUAGAGAAGUCACUGCUUGCUAGCGAAUUAGUGACUAUCACAUUAAAUAUUUUUGUCUUAAAGAAUUAGAUUUCUGUUCAGAUUUAACAGGAAGUUCAAUAAGCAAACGAAUAUGCUUACUCUGAUGUAGCAGAUCCUUCCUUGUUACUCUCAUUCAAAACAUUUUUUGUCAAAGCUUCUUGAUGCUCAACCCAGCUGUGUAUGUGAGACUGUACAUCACUUUGCUUUAAAAACAAGCAGGAAUAGGCCCUUUAGGACAGGAGAAACUUCAAGUGGCAAAAGCUCACAGGUCAAGAAAUAUGGUAGGACAUACACAACUUAUAAAGAAAACCAUGCAGAUAGAUUUGGGUGGCGCCAAGUUGUACAAGAAAAUCAUUAUUUCACAUCUCUCAAGAUAUUCAUCAAGGCCCGAGGAAAGAUGUAGCUUCAUGACCAGAGCAUUUUGGAUGAAUGAGAAAGAAUUGGAGCACAAUAGGGGCAUACAAACAUUGUGUUUCUUGGAGAAACAGUUACGUAGUUUUUUUUCUGUGUGUAUUACUGUCACAAAGACCACAGAUGGCUACUUUACAUUUGCACUGCCACUUCUUUGUGUGUGGCUGUGAUAUCCAGUGGACAAAAUGAAAUAUUGUGUUGUAUAGAAAGGGGGAAAUUUGUAAUAAAAUGUGUUAAUUGUU